AUGUUUACCCAGACGAUGAUGGAUCCGGAACUGAUGAGGAUCGCGCAGGAGCAGAUGAGCCGGAUCCCCCCACAGGAGCUGGCCAAGAUUCAGCAGCAGGUUUGAGUCCUUUCGUUCUCUCUCCCUUCUCUAUGUUUCCCCGGUGGGAUCGUGGACUAUUUCUUUGUCAAAUAUCUGCAGGGGAACUUGAUUUCUGUUAAUGACGACGUUCCAGAAUGUUGUUUCUGAAUUUGCGCAAGGGUUUUGGUUUCUCUCUUCUUCGAUCGAGAGGCCCUUUCUACUAUUUGCUCUAGGGUUCGGACGGAACGAGCAAACAGAAAUUGAUAGGUUUUCUGCUUUGUAACCUCUGCUAUUUGCUUGUGUUUCUCAUAGAAUUGUAUCUCUUAGGGAGGCAUUUCGUCAGAGGGAUUCCAAAUUCAGACGCCCCCUUCCCUAAUUAUAAAUGGGUAUUCUAUUCAAGGGGAUCAGAAUCAACUCGAAUUUCUGGGCGCUUGUUAAAAUGCAUGUGCAAAAAAUGGUGAUGAUUUCGAUAUCAACCUUUACAAUUAUCUUGCUGAAAUUAGCCAAAAGAUGCCGACUGCAAUGAUUUUUUCCAACUUUUACUGGCCUUAACUAAGACACUAGUUUACUGAUAACUUAUGGGAACCUUCAAUAAAAGUAGUUAAAAUCUAUUCCUUAGAUAAAGAGGGAAAGGAAAAUGAAAUUAAGUAAGAAAAUAAGGAAAAUGAAACCACAUCUCUCAGAAAUACAUUUACUACUGUGUGGAAAGGACUAGGUCAUGUUCAGAAGUAUGCACAGUACUACGACAACUGUGGAGGGUAUAAGGCGAGGUUAACAGAGGAGCUGGGCAGAGAAAGAGAAUAACAAUGUAUGGUAGCUCAUCCUUAGUUAGAUUCUAAACAAUCUAUAGUGGUCGGAACAAUCACAUAUUCUAGUGUGACAGCUGCUUAUCGAAUAGAUGUUUUUCUCCUCUUUCUUCCAACGAGGGAAAAAGAGUGAGCACGUUAGUUUUGUAAGGUUUUUUUCAACACCUUCAAAUUCCUCGAAAUGGACAACUCCCUCGUGUUUUUUAAUGUUGGGAGAAACUAUCUCCGAACUUGCACUCUGUGACCUAGAUCUUUUUGGUUUGGACGCUACUUUAUAAUAGAAAAUGAAAAUUUUCUUUUGACCUUUAUUGGAUUCCGUUAUGUUUUUUUCAAAAAUACAAAUUUUCCUCUACUUACUGUCUAAUGGUUGAUGUGAGAGUGUGGCAAGUGGCCUCUGUUUCUUCUCCGACCAAACAUAACCAGCAAGGAUUGGCCAAGUCCCUGGGAAGAGGAAUCAAGUAAAUCUGUCACAGAAAAAUGUGACGCAAUUUGAUUCUAUGCUGUACAUGUUUUUUGAGAAAAUUGAUUCUUUUUUAAAUCUACAUUUUCUUUAUUCCAGGAUGCAAUUUAGGAUCCUUUCCUAUUCGAUAUUUUGGAUGACCACUUUCUAUAGGUGUAGUGCAUGGUAUUAACUGGGUAAAAUGUUUACAGAGAAUAGGAAAUUUGGUAGUAGGAUGGAAAUAAAAGCUACUUUGCUACGGGGGGAGGUUAGUUUUAUACCACGCUAUUUUGUUAGACCUUAUUCAAGAGUCCAAGAAGCAUAUGGUUAACAGGAUAGAAGUAAAAGUUGAAAGAUUCAUCUGAUAUGGCAGGCAAUGAUAUGCUAUCAAACAAGAAAGGAUAUGGAAACCCAAAUUGGACGAAGCCUGAUUCUUAAAAAGAGAACUCCCCGCCCAAACUCUUCUUAAGACCACCAAUCCCACUCGAAUCAAUUCUGUAUUUGACAUCAUGAGCAUAAAAGACAGAAUUUGUUAUUAAGCGACUGGGAAACAUGAAGUAAAAAAGGGGGUCAUGGAUCGAAGCGAUUACUCAAGAGAAACACUAGAGAAGCAUCAUGUUGAACUUUCGUGUACUUUGCACGAGGUCUCGAGGAUGGGGAGUAAGGAAUUUCAGUACUGGAGGAGUAACUUUGUACAGAGCUUAUAAUCUUGCAACUUCAUGCAAUGUGUCAUAUUUCCCUUCAUAACCACUUUAUGAAACCUCAGAUAGAGAACUUGGGAGCAGAUACUACAUUUAAUUGCCUCAGAUUGACAACCUUGUACCCUUAUCACUAAACUAGGUUAAAAGUGAUGGUUUUCGAAUGCAGGAGUUGUCCAAUAAACUUGUGGUUCUGAAAUGAUUCAAAUAGUAAUGAUAAUUAUCUGAUUAAUUUGGCCGAUUUCUUGAUGUCUUUAAGUUUGAAGAAAACGCCAUGUGAGAGGCAGUAUUUACUGAUUGAUUGUGACAUGAAACUAUCCUUUAAAUGGUUUCCAUGCUUUAUAGAUUCUGCUUAUUCUGAUAUGGAAGUAGGAAGAUUCUAUUUUCUUCUUCAUCUCGCCACCUCGUGUUAUUUCAAGCGACUUGGGUGACUCUUGCUUCUUUCUGCUGUUUUUGGCUUCUGCUUGAAUUUUUUUAUGGUCUUUAUUGUUCAAUUGUGUUAACCUGGUUUACAGAUGAUGUCGAAUCCCGAGCUAAUUAAACUAGCAACAGAAAGUAUGAAAAAUUUGAAACCAGAAGACAUGAGGACUGCUGCAGAACAGCUAAAGCAUACACCGGUUGAAGACAUGGUUGACAUUGGAGAAAAGAUGGCUAAGGCUACACCGGAGGAGCUUGCAGCUAUGCAUGCCCAUGCAGAUUCUCAGAUUUCCUACAAAUUGAGUGCAGCAGAGAUGUUGAAAAAACAGGUAUUGUCAUCUUUUUCUGAUGCUGAAGUUGAUACAAUAAAAUGUUAUCUGCUUAAAAUCAGUAUUAGAGUACUCUCAUUUAUGGGAAUUGGACAGAGUUUUCCUACUUUACGUUUUGAGAGAAGGUUGGUUAUUUCUCAUUUACGUUGAAAAUUGAAAUUUCUAUUUGAUUUUAGGUUUCAUUUAUGCCCUUUUACGUUUGUUUUGACAAAAAACUUGCUUUUCCUAUUUUCUCGCUCAACAAAAUUGAUUUACCUUCUCUCUACAGCGUCUUUUAAUGAUAAUAGUAGGGGUUUUGAUGAUUUUCUCAAAUGCAAUAUAUGUAUAAGCAGUUAUACCACUUUUGUCCAACCUAGGAUCAAUGUAGAUAAAAUUUAGCCUAACUAAUCCUUAAGUAUAGACUGUAACUGCUAUUAAAAAUGAUUGUAGAAUCUGCUGGAGAUGCAAGCACUAAAUCACUGUUCCACAAGUAUUUUCCAAUGAUAUCCUGUGGGUUUAUACUUCAGCUUUUUUAAGUUGGUGACUCUGAAAUAUAAUGUGAUGUCCUGUCACUAGCCAUCCAAAUGCACCUUGAUCUUAUUUGAUGGAUGAGAAGGGUGAUAUUUACAUUUUCAUAAAUGACAAAAGAAAAUGAUGAAUCAUGCACUUGAGUCUUAAGGAAUAGAGAAAAUGUUUUGAUGAGAAAAGGUUUGUCUAUAAAAUAGAUUGCAUCAUUUUAGUUUUUUUAACUUCGUUGUUGAAUGUAUGGACUAUUUAAAAAGUGCUAAGGUUUUCACUCUCCUUUUAUUUCAACAGGGGAACAACCUUCACAACUCCGGAAAUUUUCAUGAUGCUGCUCAGAAGUAUAUUCUUGUACGUGGGGACUUACAGCAUGUUAAAACAUUUUUACAUUUUAUCAUUUUAUGACUCAACUAAUGCUGUUCACCAAUGUUCAUUUUUAGGCGAAAAACAACUUGAAAGAUAUUCCUGCGUUCAAAUGUAGAACUCUUCUAUCGCAAUGCUCUGUUAAUUUAAUGUCAUGCUAUUUGAAAAUGGGCCUGUUGAAGGAGUGCAUUAAGGAAGGAUCCGAAGUAAGAAUCACCUUACUUUCUGUGGAUUAUGUUUCGAAUUUUUUUUUCCACUUUCUUGCUAUCUUAAAUGCGUCUUUGUGCCAAUGUCAAGUUAGCUUGUGUAGCAGAUGUGGUGUGUUACUAUGAUGGCUGAUUACCCUUUUUUGCUAGGUGUUGUCAUAUGAUUCAAGGAAUGUUAAAGCUCUUUAUCGCAGAGGUCAAGCAUACAAAGAAAUUGGAAAUUUCGAGGUGAAAUAUCCUUCUUUAAUCCCUUCGCAUGAACUUAGCUAAUGAUCGUUAAUUUUAGUUGCAAGAAAAAGUAUGCUCAAUGAAUUGUAUUUUCCUGAUUUUUUUCUCAGCUUUGAAUAUUUGAAAAUCGUAGUGGUUCCAUUAUCUUUGUAGGCAGCUGUCUCUGACUUGAGAAAGGCUCAUGAAGUUUCACCUGAUGAUGAAACCAUUUCAGAUGUCUUGAGGUAUGAAAUUUUCUUCUGUGGAACGUUGACUGGUAAUCAUCUAGAGAGGAGGACCAAUGGAGCAAAUUCAGAUGUGUAUUGUUAAUGGAGGCUUUUGAAUUGCAGAGCUGCCAAUGAAAAAUUCAAGGAAAAAGCUGCAGAUAGGACAGUGUCAGGAGGUUUGUUCUCGGUCAUCACACUACUUUCUUGUAAAAGGAACUAUUAUCCAUCAAAGGGUAAAAAGGUAUGCUCUGUCAAUUGAGUAGGUGUUGUCAUUGAAGAGUUGGUGGAAGAGGACGACCAGGCUGCGGCAUCAGAAAACUGUAAAGGAUCUUCAUCAUCAUCUGCAGAAUGUUCUGCGUCAACACCAUUAGAAGCUAGUGGGGGCUUACGGAGGGAAGAUGUGUCUAAUAGCAUCAAGUCCUCCCCAGAGUCAGACUCCUUGAGGGGCUUACAAGCGAAUCCUGAAGCUGUCAAGUACUAACCUUGCAUGUCUUUAUUUGUCAUGUUAACUGCAUGCGAGUUAUCAUUUUAAAUUUAUAACCUUGCGUCUUUAAAUUUAUAAGAACCGCCUUGCAUUUAAAUCCUUUUUUAUAAAUGUGAGAACAACCAUGCCACUGUGACUGUGGCAUAUGUUUGCAUUUCCCACAAUUUCUUAAAUUUUACUUCUGGUCUGUGAUUUUAUUCAUGUCUCAGGUUAUUCCAGAAUUUUGUUUCAAGUGCUGAUCCGGCCUCUCUGGCCUCUUUCGGUGGUGGUCAAAUGUCUCCAGAGGUGAUUAAGACAGCCACAGGGAUGAUAAGCAAAAUGAAACCUGAUGAACUUCAGGAAAUGCUCCAAGUCGCCUCUUCCCUGAAAGGCGAUGGACCAAGAGUAGGCUCAGCUUUUCCUGAAAUGACACCUGAAAUGGUUCAGAUGGCAUCUGAUAGAAUUAGCAAGAUGUCACCAGAUGAGCUUCAAAAGAUGGUUGAAGUUGCAUCUUCAAUGAACUCUAGUUUCUCGCCUUCUCCUAUGGGUAAUUCCGAUAAUGGCAACCGUAGGGCCAAAGCUAGUUCACAUUCAUCAGCUUCCACAAAGCCUGCCACUGAGCAUGCUACUGGGGAAGAAGGUUCUAGUGGACAGUUCUCAAGCUUUUCAGAGGUUCCGGCUUCUUCAAGUCUACCAAAUUCAGCGACUGAUAUGCAAGAAAACCUGAGAAGUAUGACGAAAGAUCCAGCAAUGAGGCAGGUUGGACCUUAUUCCUUACAUGUGCUCGUUUACUAUUGUAGUGGUCUAAAUUUAUCUCUUUUGCAUUGAAGUAUUUUUAAAAAUGCAGGCACUCUAUUAUUUCCCCCCUCUUUUCCUCCUUUUUGUCUUCGAAUUCUCUCCAAAUUACUGUUUUCUAGAUUUUUUUUGUUUGGGCAUUCCCUAGUAAAUGCACUAGUUGGUCUCACUACCACCCACCUUUGUACUCUCUAUUGCUCGAACCUUGAAAGGUAGCAUACAGUGCUUUUUAUGUAUUCGAAUAUUUCCGUGUAUGCAGUGUUCUUGAAGAAUAUAAAUCUUGCAGAUGUUUACAUCUAUGAUGAAGAAUAUGAGUCCGGAAAUGAUGGCAAGUAUGAGUGAGCAGUUCGGGAUGAAGCUUUCAAAGGAGGAUGCGGCCAAAGCUCAGCAGGCUAUGUCAUCACUGUCUAUAAACGACCUGGACAGAAUGGUAAAACCGCCCUCGUACUUGUUAUUCUUUAUUUUUGAUUAACUUUAUCUCUAUUUUCUUCUGUUCGAUUUGGAAUUAUUUCGUGGUGAAUAUAAACGGGCGAUCCAUCUUUUUUCAUUUUCCCAUUUCCGACCGAAAAUUGAAAAUUCAAUAAACAAUUGUCAUUUGAGAAUUCUCCUCAAAAUUCUCUUCGCCGGAUAAUUACCGUCUAGUAGAGGUCAUUAUAGCCGUUCUCUCUUGGGAAGCUCGUGUUUGGCACAAAACGUUCUAUUUUCUUAGCGAAAUUGUGAAACCAAUUGAGGGGGGGGGGAGAGGGGGUGAGGGAGCUGAGCUCUAUGUCCUUGUAAGAGAUUCUUGCCGUGUCCAUGGUUGAGCGGUCUCCCUCGCAUUCCAGCUCACAAGUGGUUUCAUUUCAGAUGAGGUGGGCGGAGAGGGUGCAGAAGGGCGUUGAAACCGCCAAGAAGACGAAGAACUGGCUACUGGGCACGAAGGGCUUGAUCUUGGCGGUCUGCAUGCUGAUCGUCGCCUUCAUCUUUCACCAGCUCGGCUUCAUUGGGGGCUAA